AUGGCCGGGUCCGAUGAUGAUAGGAGGCAAGCCCUCGAUGCGUACCGCGCCGAGCUAAUAAAAUCUCGCGAAUGGGAGGCUAAGCUCAAGGCCCUUCGGCUCGAGAUCAAGGAGCUCGUCAAGGAGUACGAUAGAACCGAGGACAACAUUAAGGCGCUGCAGAGCGUUGGCCAGAUCAUCGGAGAGGUGCUGAAACAGCUUGAUGAUGAGCGAUCUUCGUCCGGCCCUCGGUAUGUCGUUGGUUGCCGGUCCAAGGUUGACAAGGCCAAGCUCAAGCAGGGAACCCGUGUCGCCCUCGAUAUGACCACUCUCACAAUCAUGCGUAUGCUUCCCCGCGAAGUCGAUCCCCUCGUUUACAACAUGUCACUCGAAGACCCUGGACAGGUGAGCUUCUCUGGAAUCGGUGGACUCAGCGACCAGAUCAGAGAGCUCCGAGAAGUCAUCGAGCUUCCGUUGAAGAACCCCGAACUGUUCCUCCGAGUUGUCGUUUCCUCUGCUAUCGUGGACAAGUACAUUGGCGAAUCUGCCCGUCUUAUCCGAGAGAUGUUUGGUUAUGCCAAAGAGCAUGAGCCGUGCAUUAUCUUCAUGGACGAGAUCGAUGCUAUCGGAGGCCGUCGAUUCUCAGAGGGUACCAGUGCCGAUCGUGAAAUCCAGCGAACACUGAUGGAGCUCCUCAACCAGCUUGACGGUUUCGAUUACCUCGGAAAGACCAAAAUCAUCAUGGCUACCAACAGGCCUGAUACCCUAGACCCCGCGCUACUCCGUGCGGGUCGUCUUGAUCGCAAGAUUGAGAUUCCCCUGCCCAAUGAAGUGGGCCGCCUUGAAAUUCUCAAGAUUCACGCUCAGAGCGUUGUAACGGAAGGCGAUAUCGACUUUGAGAGCGUAGUCAAGAUGAGCGAUGGCCUCAACGGUGCCGACUUGAGGAACGUGGUGACUGAAGCUGGUCUUUUUGCUCUCAAAGCGGAACGCGAUGCGAUCAACCAGGACGACUUCAACCGGGCGGUACGCAAGGUUGCCGAGGCGAAGAAGCUAGAGGGUAAGCUGGAGUACCAGAAACUGUAA